CACAGUGCGUGCUGCAUUCGACCAAGCACAAGCGCCAACGAAUGGUGGUCAAUGAUCCUGUUAUCUUGGACGCAUGGUACAUCCGAACGUCACGUCAAGGCAGGCUUCGCUAAUCUGAAGAGAGAGAUAGAGAGAAAGGGAGAGAGAGGAAGAGAGAAUGGCUCUGCAUCAGGGAGCGUCGAGGACGGCAGUCUCCGGUAGUCACUGCGAGUUAGCUUUCAUGUCAUCUGUCCCUCUCCGCACCACUUCGUUUGCUUUACCUUUCUCCACUUUCUAUUCCUUCACUUGCUCCCCUCUUUCAAUUUCUCAUGACCGUCACUCCCUUCCCGUCUAUUCCGAGAGUCCUCGGAGAAAAAGCCCUAAAAAGCAAAAGAGGCUGAGGGUGUCCUGCGCCAGAGUCGAGCCAUUGAAGGUGAUGAUAUCCGGUGCUCCGGCGUCAGGGAAAGGAACUCAGUGCCAAAUGAUAGUUGAGAAGUAUGGAUUGGUGCACAUUUCCACUGGAGAUAUAUUGAGGGCUGAAGUGUCAUCCGGCACUGAAAUUGGAAAGAAAGCAAAAGGAUACAUGGAUAAUGGCAUGCUUGUUCCAGAUGAAAUUGUAACUGAUAUGGUGAUAACACGGCUUUCGCUACCUGAUGUAAAUGAGAGAGGCUGGCUUCUUGAUGGAUUUCCCAGGACCUUUUCACAAGCACAAAGCCUUGAAAGGGUUAAUAUAAGACCAGAUAUAUACAUUGUGCUUGAUGUUCCUGAUGAAAUUCUGAUCGACAGAUGUGUGGGUAGGAGGAUGGAUUCAGUAACCGGAAAAAUUUACCAUCUUAAAAACUUCCCUCCUGAGACGGAUGAAAUUUCUGCACGACUAACAACCCGUUCUGAUGAUACUCAAGAAAAGGUUGUCUCACGUCUUGAGACAUAUAAGAGAAAUGCAGAAGCUAUCCUGUCUACGUACUUGGACUUGUUAAAGAAGAUUGAUGGGAACCGCCCGAAAGAACUUGUAUUUGAAGAAAUUGACUCCUUAUUACAGCAAUUUCAAACUGAUGUUGCCAAGUCAAAGAAGCUGAGCACUGUUGAAG